AUGCGUCAGCGUACCAUCGAAAAAUCCCGCCAACAUCGAACGAGCGUGUCUUCUCGGGGCACCAACACCAGCGGAGGAAAAUCUGGUGGACGUCAAGAACGUGCGCUGAAACGUAAUAUGCAAUCACUUUCAUCCGGUGUUACUCCAGGUACCUUUGUACGCAUGAAAAGUGCCCCAAUAUUUCAUGCUGGUGCCAUUGGUUUCACAGUUGUUGGCGGUGUCCCUAAGGUCGGAACAUUGCUAGAGGACGCUUGGAAGAUUACCGAUGUUUGCCGAUUUCGUGUCAACUCUUCCGCGUCCUCUACCUCAUCUAAUGUCACACUGUCCAAUGCGUCCACAGACGGGGUGAUUAGCGCUUGUAGCAAUGCGGAAGACCUCACUCAGCACUUGCUGACGUGUCCUCAUGCUCUAAGUGCCAAUACAGGGAACGCGGUCGGGAUCGGCGGCGGACCUUAUCCUACUCAUGCUUCCGCAUCAACCAGCGCUGCCGCCUCACCGAGUAUAAUCUCUGGUGGCGACCAGAUGACAGCGAACAGUUCUAGCAAUCUAACUUUUCAAGAAAUGCCACCACCACCAUCACCUGCUUCGUCAACAUGCAGUGACCAAUCUGGACCCGUACGUGUCAGUCCCGGAACGUUUAAGCGCAAAAAGAUUCCAAGUAAUUCCAGUGACCGUGGAGACUACGACUCUAGCACCCGUACUAGUCGUGGUCGUUCAGCUGAUCGGGAAUUUCAGUCGGGUUCGGGUGUGAUAAGUAAUACUGCUAGACGUUUGUCUAAUGCGACCGAUGCUCCUAACCAAUCGUCAGACGUGGCUGGUAAAAUAUCCUCAGAGAAUCCAUCAACUGCAAUCAAUGUCACAUCCGAGGAGGACUGGUGUUUGCGUGAUGUCAUCUUCGUUGAAGAUGGUAGGACGCAACCGGUCGGAAUAGUACUGAAAGUGGACGGUAAUAUUGCAGCUGUUAAAUUCCUAAAGGUGAGGCUAUUCGCAUUUCCGAAGUGGUUUGGCGUUACAAUUGCUAGACUCGUUUGA